AUGCAUCUGAGCAGCACCCUGCAGGAGGGGCAGGCCCCUCAUGCCCCAGGCACCGUCACAGGGCCUGCGAUCUCAUGCAUUCGAAUGAAAAGGAAAUGGGCUCUGAGAGCAGGUGAGGCUCAGCCAGGGCCCCGUGGCUCUCACCCAAGGGCUGAACUCCAACCUUCCCAGCCCAGCUCUGUUUCCCGAGCUGUGGAAAAUGCCUCUGUCCACCCGGCCUGGCUGGGUAGUGCCUGCUUCCCCGACACCAGCCACAGGCCGGCUCCCCAGUCCUCUGUGGGACGGUUGCUGGUCUCUGUUAAAAACCCCCCGGGUGACUUGCAUGCCGCCAGGGCCUGUGCCCCCGGGAGACACUCUGGGGAGGGGUCACAAGGAAACCUCAGUCCAAGCUGCCCAGCCAAGGCCGGGCAUGGCUGUGCCAGCACAGGAAGGCAGGGAGGGGUCUCCAGGGCAGGCAGCUCUCCCCUCGGCCCAGUCCCCUCUGUGAAGUGCUCAGCCCAGGCGGGAACGUGCUUCCCACUCAGCCUCCUCCAAGCCGCUGAAGGUCCCGCUGGUUCCCCAAAUGACUUCUGUCCUGAGCCGUGGGCUCCUGACCACGCCCCUACCUUGCACGGCCCGAACAAGAGUCUGCGCCGGGGACCCCGCUCGGGAGGGGCACAGAGGAAGCCAAGGGCCCACACAGGUGAGGGGGUCUCGUGUCAGCUCACCCAGCCCAGGCUCAGCAGCAGCCUCAGAAUUUCCUGGCAUCUGCUUGCCUGUGUUGCAACCCAAGUGGGGUGUGCGCGCCGCCUGAGAGGGAAAACACGCCUGAGGGACGAUUAUGUAAGCGCUUUCCUCCCCAGCACAGGGCCGUCUUGGGCACAUCGAGACCAGACCAUGUGCAAAAGCACUCGGGAGAGUGGCAGGAGCUGA